UAUUUUUAUUGGAUGAUAUGAAAAUGUUAUUAAAAUUAAAAUAUAUUAAAAAGUUUUAAUUGUAUCUUAUUAAAAUGUUAUGUUAUGAUCGUGUUAUUAUGUUUAGAGUCGACAUUGCCACGGCAUGAUUCAUAUCUGCCACUACAUUGCUCUCCUUCGGUGCAUCUUCGUAGUGGCAGACAUCCCAGGAACAUGGCACGGGCUUGGAUUUAAUGCCUGAGCAGACUCGUUUUUUGGACCCAAAUGCGUAUAGAGGACAUGGCGCAUACACCCAAAGCGAGAGAUCUCAGACGUAUCUCUCCACGCGAGGAUGUAGAUGCCCGAGGAGACUCGUUUGCCAAAGAUAAACCAGUACGGCGUACAAUGGCUAUACACUGGAGGCGAUGGAUCUCAGCGGUACGGCGGACAAUGGCCAUACACUGGAGGCGAGGGAUCACAAUGCUACGACACCGCUCAAGAAAGUACUAAUCAUACAUGGCACGAUGAGGACACCCAGCGUGGCCUCAAUACAGACAUCCUCAUAGCAUCCCAUGAUCGUGGUAACACGAUUCCUAGAAUAAUUACAGACUACUUCCAUGAGAAUGUUAUUGGCCCAUCUUAUAUCCCUCCGGAGUCACAAUCAAACACCUACAAUUUCGCAUCAGGAUCUCAAUAUGGAUUGCAGACUCCAGCACCUAUGCAAGAGUCACGGACACAAGAAGACGAGGGGAGUACGGCCGUGGUCUUCAUGCACACCGACCACCUAAUCCCUUGUCGCCUUUCGGUCGUCAGGAAAGACCAGCUGGCCGUUGUCGAGUAGGGUGAUUCGUCUAUUUAUGGGUGCAACCUAUUCUAUCUAUAUAUGACAGUUCUAGACUUUCCGAUGUAUGUAAAAGACAUCUAUGUAUGAGAAAAUAAAAAAGCAUCCAAAUUAUGACAUUAAAGUAGUGCAUCUCUAAUAAAUAUACAACACAAUGUUGAUGCAUCGUCAUACAGAAACUACAUGAAGUCAUCCUCACUAUUCUCUCUAAAAUGGGGCUUCCCCAGGUCUUCACGAUUGCGUCACCUGAACUAGUUUCCCUGGCAUAAUCUCAUCAGCGGAAUCGUAAUCAGCAUCAUGCCCUUUGUUGGCGUAGCACUCUUAUCAGACUUGCUCCUCUUCUAGCUUGCACUACCCUUGGAUCUGUUCUGAGCUCUUUUGCUCGGCAUAAACUCAUCAUCAUCAUCGCUCUUCAUGUGCUUAGAGCUAGCGCCACCCUUCCCUGAUGUUACUCGGCCCUUCGAUAUGUUCUGAGCUUGCUUGCUUGGCAUAAAGUCAUCAUUGUCUGUGCUCAUUUUCUUUGAGGUUGCGGCACCCCUAGUUGAUGCGGCACUCUGGGCAUGUCUUAUAGAGUUGGCACCGGACAUGGCUAGAUAAAGGACGCGGAUUUUGAGGACAUGCGGCCACGCGCUGCCGUAAUCCCGUGCGUCCACAAGUGCAUCGUGAUUGCUAGCUAAUAUAGCCUCACACGCCCCACUUGCAAUACUAAACAGUGUU